AGGCGACAACGCUAUUGCAGCACCACUAAAAAAUAUGUAUUCCCAUUUGAAUUCAGAUCCAAGGCAUAAUUAUUUUUGUGUGAUUGAAGCAAUGGAUAAACUUUCUACUUUAUUUUCUGCUGCAUUACAUACUAAAACAACAUGCAAACCCAAUCAAUUUGCCUUCCUUAUUUGGCAAACACAGUUGACGUCAUAAGGCUACCUAUAUAUCAGAGACUUUCAGUUUCACUAUAAAUGAGGCAGCAGCUUCGGCUGUGUUACAACAUAACGAGUGCAAACAUGGAGAAUUGCCCAGUCUGUCUGGAGUCUUUAAAUGACCCCAAAACUCUGUAUUGUGGUCACACCUUUUGCAACAAUUGCAUCGGACGACUAGGCCCUGAGAAUGGACCUUGGAUGUGUGCUAUUUGUCGAAACAUUUCAGCUCACUUCACAACCGUUUUUUUACUCAAGAAUAUGCUAGAAGAGCCGCGAUACAGAGAAAUUGAAAAGGACAUAAUGGAAUGUCCACAUAUGCACUCCAUUGCAAUCUCCAUGAAUAAAAGCUUUGUCAUGAACUCCGGAGUUGGGGUUCUUUUCAAGAAACAAUUUAAUCAAAUUGAUGAACUUAUAAGUCAGGGUAAAGAAGUUGGAGAGGUAGCAGUUCUGCCAGAGGGAUCUCGAUUUCUUUACUACAUGAUCACCCGCAGCACCUAUGCAUUUAAACCAACAUAUGAAAAUGUGCAAAAGUGUUUACAUGCUGUUAAGCAACACUGUCUGGAAAACAGUGUUGUGGACCUUGCAAUGCCAAGGAUUGGCAGUGGAAGAGAUAGACUGGGCUGGAACCUUGUAUCAAAUCUCAUCCGAGGGGUUUUUGCUCACACGCCCAUAAAAGUAGUUGUGUAUUGCUGGCCCAAAGAAGUUAACUAAGCUUGGAGGUAAAGAGAAAAACAUUCUAGACAGCCACUCUACAAAAAAAAAAGAAAAAAGAAAGGGGGCUGCUGCUGCUCAUGAUGAUGAUGAGUCUAAAAAAACAGGCUUCACAUUUCCAUAGAAAUGACAUCUACAUAUUACAGCAUCCAGAAAUUAUGACUGCCAUGGACAAUAACCCAAAAAUAUCUCUGAGAAGUUAAUCAUCUGGCGAUAAGGUUGAUUCUGUGGUAACUGGAAAAAUAACGAUAGACUCAGAAAUAAACCGCUCCAACAUCAAGCGAAAACUUUAUUAAAGCAAAGCUUUCGGGUGACAACCAGGCAACACUGAGAAAGGGUUGUUACCCGAAAGCUUUGCCUUAAUAAAGUUUUUGCUUGACAUUGGAGCUGUUUAUUUCUAAGUUAAUAUCCUCUGGUCAGUUCUUACAUAACUGUUAAAGCUAAUGAUUCAUUUAAAGAAUGCUGCCCAUUUACUUACUUGCAGACUUCUUUUAAAAAUCACUAAAAUUCUGUACUCAGACUGAUGUAUUUGCUAUUUAUCCGCAUUAUGCUUUAACAAAUGUCACAUUAGAAAUGGAGGAAGGAUGCAGUGCUCAGUUAUAUUUUGGUAUUAAUCACGUUGUUGGAAUUCAUCAGUAGUGCAGUGUUCAAAAAAAUUAUAUUGAAUGGUAUUAUGUGACCUACUUGGGGGAAUAUUAAAAUAUUGCAACUAUCCCUAUAAGGGAAACCACAUCAAUAAAUAUGUGAUUGCAGGCUAAAGCUGCAUCUCUCAUAUUCAGCACACCUUAAAAUUAGUGCUGUUUUAAUUUUAUAUCUGCUGUAUUUUUUUUUUUACUAAACUCGAUUUGAUGUACUCAUCAACUUUAAUUGUAAACCUGUCUUCAACUAGUGUUAAGCUGGAGUUCCCUCAAAGAGCACCUUUCCUUUCUCAAAAGUUAUCUCAAGUUAAAUGUCUCUAUGCACCCAGUGUGUAUAUCCAUUUAUUACUGGGCAGUGCUCUAUUAAUUGACUAUAUUGCAGUAUUGACAUUCUUUGUCACACAUGGGAUAUUUUUGCUUAGAAUUUUAUGUCAUUCUACUUUUAUAUGCAUCGAUCAGUUAAAUUACUAUUUUGCUAUUAUAAUUCUGGUGCAGAGCGUAUUUUUUAUGUUAAAUCUGUUGCUUUGUGUUAUGUUUUGUCUCUGGUGAAGGAACAGUGGUAUUUUACAAUGAGUAUGUAUGACUUCUUUGUUAAAGUAUUCAGUUGUUGCACUACAUGAAAGCUAAGUUUUCAGAGAUUUGGACAAAUAUGCACGUUAUGUCUCUGUAGAUUUUCA